GCAGUUCGUGAUGGCGGGGGCUGGUUCCGCCGCUGUGUCCGGGGCCGGGACCCCAGUGGCGGGGCCUGCAGGCCGCGACCUCUUCGCCGAGGGGCUCCUCGAGUUCCUGCGACCCGCUGUGCAGCAGCUCGACUCUCACGUCCACGCUGUCAGAGAGAGCCAAGUAGAGCUCCGGGAACAAAUUGACAACCUAGCUACCGAGCUGUGCCGCAUAAAUGAGGAUCAGAAAGUGGCUCUGGAUCUCGACCCCUAUGUAAAGAAGCUCCUUAAUGCUCGGCGACGAGUCGUCUUGGUCAAUAACAUCCUACAGAAUGCCCAGGAACGGCUGAGGCGGCUAAACCACAGUGUUGCCAAGGAAACAGCCCGAAGGAGGGCAAUGCUGGAUUCAGGCGUUUAUCCUCCUGGUUCCCCAAGCAAGUAACAGGCCAAAAGGUGGGGCCCAUGGCCACAGAACAGCACAAAUACUAUUCUCUGGCUGCCUGUUUCCUCCAGGACUCCCUGUAGGUGUUGGGACAUCAAAAAGGCAGCCCUCUGGCUUGCAUUUGAAGCACUUAAAGUCUUACCCAUUUUUGUGGGGCCCAAAGAAACCCAUGUGUGGCAGGACUCAGGAUCCCAAAGGAUUUAUUAUGGCUCUUGCUUCCAAGAAUGAGCUGAGGCUUCUACACAUUUUUUUUCCCCAGCUACAUACUCAUCAGGCCCACCUCUUCUACCAUCUUCAAGCCUCAUUAACAAUGGAGAGGCUUCCUCUGCUACACGCCAGGUUAUUGGGGCGCCUGCAGUAUCCUCUACGUGGGACUUCCAAUUUUCCUUUGUUUGCACUGAGGAUUUAGAGAAAAGGGUAGGCAAAGUCAAGGUGAAUGACCCAUCUACCCUCUUCUGUUGACCACAUCGGCUAGACUACUACUGUAGCAGUUACUAGAACCAUUUAAUUCAAUAAAUGCUUAAACAGUG